AUGUGUCCCCGACACCUAGCAGCAGCAUUGCUUCUGGCAGCAGCAGCCCUUCCCGCAGCCACAGCCACAGCUGCAGCAACAAGGCCUGCAGCAGCAGGUGCGGCGGCGGCAGCAGCAGACCACAGGGGUGCUGCAGCAGCCCCCACAGCAGCCACGGCAGCAGCCGCAGCAGCCCCCACAGCAGCCCACCCGGUAGCACCUGCAGCAGUAGCAGUCACUACAGCCACCACAGCCACAGCCACAGCCACCACAGCCACAGCCACCACAGCCACAGCCGCCGCAGCCACCACAGCCACAGCCGCCACAGCCACAGCUGCCACAGCCGCCACAGCCACCACAGCCACCGCAGCCACCACAACCACAGCAACCCAUGGUGUUAGUAGAGAGGAUUCAGGAGAUGCUGCGGCUGUGGUGGCUGUGGCUGCGGUGGCUGUGGCUGUGGUGGCUGUAGCGACUGCUACUGCUGCAGGUGCUACCGAGUUGGCUGCUGUGGGGGCUGCUGCGGCUGCUGCCGUGGCUGCUGUGGGGGCUGCUGCAGUACCCCCGUGGUCUGCUGCUGCCGCCGCCGCACCUGCUGCUGCAGGCCUUGUUGCUGCAGCUGUGGCUGUGGAAAGGGCUGCUGCUGCCAGAAGCAAUGCUGCUGCUAGGUGCAAGGCUCAUAUGCUGCUGCUAGGUGGAUGCCAGCUUUUGGACACAUGCUGUAGGGACUGCUGGUAA